CACAGACACAGACAACUCGCUGACAAUAUGGUCGCGUUUGUCGGCGUGUAUACUUAUGGGUUUGUGGCUGCAUCAGUUUGUGUUAUUUGCUUUGCAUAUAUCACCUACCAGCUGCUGAAAAGCUAUCUGCACAAAUGGAAAGAGCUGAAGCCCAUCCCGGGCAUUGGAAACACAUUUCCGUUUAUCGGGAACGCGCUGCAGUUUAAAUCGAACGGAGAUUUCUUUCUCCAGUUGGUUGGAUACACAACUGAAUUCCAGAAUUCUCCACUACUCAAAAUAUGGAUUGGACCCAUUCCAUUUCUCAUCUUAUUUCAUGCUGAGACAGUUGAGACAGUCCUAAAUAAUCCUGUUCACAUUGACAAGGCCUAUGCAUACCAAUUUCUGCACCCCUGGCUAGGAACAGGACUACUCACAAGUACUGGGGAUAAGUGGAGACGCAGACGCAAGAUGCUGACUCCAACAUUUCAUUUCUCGAUACUAACUGAGUUCCUGGAGGUGAUGAAUGAGCAAGCAGAGGUGCUCAUAGAGAAACUAGAAAAGCAAGCCGGAAAGGGCCCAUUUAACUGCUUUAGCCACAUCACUCUCUGUGCCCUUGACAUCAUCUGUGAAACUGCCAUGGGAAAGAGGAUCUAUGCACAGAGCAACUAUGACUCAGAGUAUGUGCGCACUGUGUACAGAAUGAGUGACAUCAUCACCAGGCGGCAGAGGAUGCCUUGGUACUGGCCUGACUUUGUGUAUAACUAUGUUGGUGAAGGCAGAGAACAUAACCGUAGUCUGAAGAUCCUCCAUUCCUUCACAGAGAGUGUGAUCAAUGAGAGAGCUGAGUACUUAUCUUACGUUGAGUCCGACAGCGAAUCAGAUCAGGGGAUGAGGAAAAGGCGGGCUUUCCUAGAUAUGCUGUUGAAAACAAAAGACGAGGAUGGCAAAAUGUUAACCCAUAAAGAUAUCCAGGAAGAAGUGGAUACAUUUAUGUUUGAGGGUCAUGACACUACAGCGGCUGCUAUGAACUGGGCCAUACACUUGUUAGGCUCCCAUCCUGAAGUCCAGAGAAAGGCACAACAAGAACUCUUUGAGGUUUUUGGCGAGUCUGAAAGGCCUGUUAAUACAGAGGAUCUGAAGAAGCUGCGUUAUCUGGAGUGUGUGAUAAAGGAGUCUCUGCGUCUCUUCCCUUCUGUUCCAUUCUUUGCCCGAACCAUCUGUGAUGAUACGCAAAUCAAUGGCUUUAAAGUUCCUAAAGGAACAAACAUAGUCGUCAUAACUUAUGCCCUCCACCGUGAUCCACGCUUCUUCCCUGAUCCUGAAGAGUUCCGUCCUGAGAGAUUCCUGCCAGAGAACUGCGUUGGUCGACAUCCUUAUGCCUACAUUCCUUUCUCUGCUGGUCUUCGCAACUGCAUUGGUCAGCGGUUUGCUAUCAUGGAGGAGAAGGUUAUUCUGGCUUAUAUUCUGCGCUACUUUAACAUCGUAGCAUGUCAAAAGAGGGAAGAACUUCGCCCACUGGGUGAACUGGUAUUGCGACCAGAGCAGGGCAUAUGGAUCACACUGGAGCGCAGAAAGCUAACUAUGUCAUAAAAAUAUGUCCAAAUUAUGUAAAAUCAUAAAAGGUAUAAAUCAUAAAAGUAUGAUUCGAACCAUCCUGUGGAAAUUAUUGUUACGGGAGUUCACUGACACAAUAACAAUGACUUUAGUGGAUAAACUGUUCUGUAAAUGAAAACACUACUUAAUUUUAACUUUUAAAAAUAUACAAUUUUGUAGUUUAACAAGGUCUGCAAAAAUGCAACUGAACAAUGAGUACAAUUCUUAUUAAUUAACAGUUAAUUGAGUAAAAGAAGAAAUAAUUAGAAGAAAUGAACGAUUUCAUUUAUGUUAGAAGUUCUUCACUUUUUUAUAGUACUUUGGCAUACUGUCUUUAGACAAACAUUCAACACACAUAAAUUACUCAAACAUGUACCUUAUGGUGGACUGUGACCAACUUUGGAUUGUAUGUGUACUUUAACACUUAUACAUCAUCCCAAAGGUUACCAAAUUGUAAAUGAAAAGUCUAUGAAGUCUGCAACAUUAUAAUAAAUGAUGAAUACAGUAAUGGCUUGUGUUAAAAAUAUAUUAAAUGGCUAGAAACAAGACAAGUGUCAGGGAAUUAAUGUCAUUUGGUGCUGUCAUCACUUAAUAAAAAAACAUUUAUAUUCUAAGUUACAUCAAAGUGAAUCUUUCUAGAAUUGAUGGCUAUUAAAAAUCAGUGUGUAAAUUUUGUGUAUUUUCUUUGUUGAUUAAAAAAUAGGGCUUUAUUCCACAUGCCAAUAAAGAUUAGAACCAAUGAGCUUUGAGAGCAAUUUUAAUCUCCCGCCUUCAUAGAUCAUUACACUGCUCUAUGCUUAUACAAACAAACUGAUGUUUUUGCGUUUGUGUCAAGGUCAGGGUCGAGCUACUGUUUGUUUGACUGAAUAAAAAGUUAACUUUUUCACACA